GAGGCCUGGCGGUGGCUGUGCGAUGGCGUCGCGGUACGACCGCGCCAUCACCGUCUUCUCGCCGGACGGGCACCUGUUCCAGGUGGAGUACGCGCAGGAGGCGGUGAAGAAGGGCUCCACGGCGGUUGGAAUCCGUGGCAGCAAUAUAGUCGUGCUUGGGGUAGAAAAGAAAUCCGUCGCCAAGCUUCAGGAUGAGCGGACCGUGAGGAAAAUCUGCGCCCUGGACGACCACGUGUGCAUGGCCUUCGCAGGACUGACUGCUGAUGCGAGAGUGGUGAUAACCAGAGCCCGGGUGGAGUGCCAGAGCCAUAAGCUCACCGUGGAGGACCCAGUCACCGUCGAGUAUAUAACUCGCUUCAUAGCCACCUUAAAACAGAAAUACACGCAGAGCAACGGGCGAAGGCCUUUCGGCAUUUCUGCCCUGAUUGUCGGCUUCGACGACGACGGCAUUCCCAGGCUGUACCAGACCGACCCCUCCGGCACCUACCACGCCUGGAAGGCAAAUGCAAUAGGCCGAAGUGCUAAAACUGUCCGAGAAUUUCUAGAAAAGAAUUACACAGAAGAUGCUAUAGCUAACGACAACGAAGCUAUCAAACUAGCAAUAAGAGCUUUGCUAGAAGUUGUCCAGUCCGGUGGGAAAAACAUUGACCUUGCUAUCAUGAGAAGAAACCAACCUUUGAAAAUGUUUAGUGCCAAGGAAAUUGAAUUACAGGUCAUUGCAAUAGAAAAGGAAAAGGAAGAAGCAGAGAAGAAAAAACCAAAGAAGAACCUGUGAACACUGAGGGCUUUUAGUGUUGUGUUGUGCUUAGGAUUAUUUAGUGAGUUUUAAAGGAAAUAUGCUGGCUUAUGGCAUUGCAUUAGUAGUUAUGUGCUGUUUGAGACUACAGGUUGGUGAGUCUCUUUAGUAUAUUACAGGGACAGAUAUACAAGAAUAUGCAGAUUUUCUUUGAAAAUAUUUGAGUAACUGUUGAAAGCAGUCAUAAUUCCACAUGAGCUUGAGACUAUACUCUAUAACUUGUCCAAUGUUUUAUUUCUUCAUGCAUGAAAAUUAAGAAAAAUUUUAAUUAAAAAAGUGAAUAAUUUGGUGACUUUUGAGUAUUGACUGUCAGGUAGAGAGAUAUCUAUUUGAAAACAGACUGAAUAAUACUGAGUGGCAUUUCUAAAUGAAUGAUAAAAUCACCUUGUGUUGGUGAAUUGUCAAAA